AUGUCGGCCCAGGAGCUCGUGGCCUGCCUCUGCCGAGAGGGUGACCAGCACCUGGCCCUGGGGGAGACCCCGCUGGCCACCGCCUUCUAUCUGGCUGCCUUCAGCUGCCACGCUCCCUCGGCCCUGCGGAGCAUCCGAGCCUCCCUGCCCGAGACCCGGGGGUCAUCUGUGGUGGCCACCCUAGAGGCCUGGUGCCGAGGUGACAGCCAGAUCCCAGCCAUCCACUGGGACGGCAUGGCGGUGGUCUCCCUGACAGGGACCCUAGCCUGUGCCUUCCUGGCUACCCUCUGCCCCGACCACCCCAUCGCGGCCCUGCACUCCCUGGCUGGCCUGUUGGCACACGGGCACCAUGAGGAAGUGGUGCGGCGCUGUGGGGUCCUGCUGGACGCCCACUCCCAGCAGAGCCUGGAGUUGCGGCUGACCCGCGCCCUGGCCUGGGUCCUGUCCAGAACACAGGUGCACACCGGGGUGGCUGACUACCUCCAGGCCUUCGUGGAGAGUGCUGAUCGGACCGUGGCCUUCAUUCACACGCAUCAGCAGCCCUACCUCCCUGCUCUGGUCAGAGCCCUCCAGGACUACAUCUCAGAGCAUCAGGAGGCUGGGGACAGUGCCAGCCAACAGGUGACCAACUGCCAGGGACUCCUUGUAGCCCUGGACCCUGGGGGCAUCUGGAGCAUCACCCUGUCGCCUGAAGCCCUGCUCCAGCAUGGCAGGUAUGAGGACUGCCGGGCAGCCUGCAGCCGGGCCCUGGAGGCCGCCCCAACGGGUUGCAGACUCCAAGGUGAGCGUCUGGCCACCCUGUUGGUCACUCGCGCUGCAGCGACCUUUUUCCUAGACAGCGGGGCCCAAGACCUGCUUCGGGACCUGCACCGGGCCUUCCGCGAGAGCCCCUCGGGCGCUCGGAGGCAGUUCGAGGCCGUGCUCUCCGCCGGGGACCGGGAGCGCUUGCAUGCCCAAGUGCAGGAGGCUGCGGACCUGGGCUUCUCCCACUUUCAGGAGACCGUGCGGAGUCGCCCCGAGCUCCGCGAGGACUCUGGCCGUGAGCUGCUGGUCCCGGUGACCCGCGCGCUCCGGGUCCUGUGUCGAGUCGCCCCGCCCGGGGCGCGCCCGGCGCUGGGCGCCCGACUGGCUGAGUGCCUGCUGCUGGCAGGGGACACGGCGGGCGCCCGCGCGCUGUGCGAGCGCUUGCUGCGGCCCUCGCGCACCGGGGACCGUGCCGGGGACCGCGCGCCCCUGAUGGCGCUGCGCGGCUUCUGCGCGCUACACUCUGGCGACUCAGGGAGCGCCCAGGAGGACUUCCAGGCAGUGGUGGAGCUGGGACCGCCGCACCUGAGCGGCUGCGUGCGCGCCCUGUGCGGCCGCGGACUGCUGCGAGUGCUGGCGGGCAACGCCUUCCUGGGGGCACUGGACUACGUUACCGCCUGCCGCCUAGGCCCCGAGGAAACUCUGCUUGUCACCAAGACCUACGUGCCCUGGAACCAACGAGGGCUGCUGCUGACCGUGCUGCGCGAAGAGGGCCGCAAGAUGCUGCAGGGGAGGCCAGAGCCAGGACCCAAGAGCUGGCGGGGCCGCCGGACUAAGGCCGCGGAGACAGACAGCCGCGCUGUGCAGGAAGGGGAUGCGCGCGGCGUGCACCAGCUGGCCACACUCCUGAUGGAACUGGACACAGAGGAUGAGGUUUCGCGCCUCCUGGCAGCUGACGCCCUGUAUCGCCUGGGCCGCCUGGAUGACGCCCACAAGGCCCUCCUGGCAGCCCUCUCCCGGAGGCCUCAGGCGGCCCCUGUGCUGGUGCGGCUGGCCCUGCUGCAGCUCCGGAGGGGAUUCUCCUACGAUGCCAACCAGCUGGUGAAGAAGGUGGUCCAGUCCGGGGACACGGCCUGCCUCCAGUCCACCCUGGCCGUCUUCUGUCACGAGGACCGGCAGCUGCUCUGGGGCCACUGCCAUGCGAGGGCCCUGGCCAUCCUGCGGGCACGACCGGGAGGGGCCGAGGGCGUGGCCCACACCAGGGAGGCCAUUGCCUACCUCUCUCUGGCCAUCUUUGCCUCAGGAAAUCAGGCCACUGAGUCCCUGCUUGCCCGAGCCCGCUGUUACGGCUUCCUGGGCCAGAAGAAGACGGCCAUGUUCGACUUCACUUCCGUGCUGAGGACUGAGCCGGGGAACGCACAGGCACUGUGUGGCCGGGCACUCCUGCACCUGGCCUUGGAUGAGCAGAAGGAGGCUGUGGACGACAUCCUCUCCGCUCUGAGGCUCAGCCCAAGAACUGCAGUUCCCGAGAUCCGCUCUCUGAAGCCAGAGGCCCAGGCCCUCAUCACCCAGAGCCUCUCCUCCCGCUGCCGGACCCUUCUGAGUCAGCUUCCGGACACAGGGGCCCGCCUCAGUGACAAGGACGCCCAGAACCUCCUGGCUGCGGGGAAGGCACUGAUUCAAAUUGAUGCCAGGCAGCCCCUCUGGCACAUGCUCCUGGCAGAUGCGCUCGCUGCAGUGGGCAGCUUUGAGGAGGCCGGUGCCCAUCUGCAAAAAGUCCUGCACCUCACCCCUCCAUCAGAGGCAGCUCGCGCCCGGCGUGGGCUGCUCUGGCUCAAGAAGGGGGAUGUGGUGGCCGCUGCACAGGACCUGCAGUGCCUUGCAGAGACGGAUGCCCAGGACCUCGGCUUCCUGCUGUGUCUCCUGGAGGCUUCAGAGCGGCAGAGCCUCACCCAGGCCGCAGUCCAGGAAGCUGACACCCUCCUGAACUUGGGACAGCCCCGCCAGGCGCUGGGCUACUGCUCACUGGCCAUCCUGGCGGGCGGCAGCAGCACCUGUCACCUGCGCCGUCGGGCCACUUGUCUGGCCGAGCUGCGGGAGUUUAGCCGGGCACUUGGGGACCUAGACCACGUGCUCCAAGAGGGCUCGAGGGACAGCGACCUCCAGACACAAGUGGAGGACUUUUGCUCCCGGGGCCGCCUGCUGCUGGGUCUAGGGGAUGAGGCUGCGGCUGCGGGGGCCUUCGCCCAGGCCCUCCAUCUGGCACCCACCCAGGCCCAGAGCAGCCUGGGGGAGCGGCCAGGCCGGGCUCCAGCCACCCACAUACUCUUGUGCCAGGCUCGGUGUUGCCUGGUUGAGCAACGCUACAGCGAGGCCUGGACGGCGGCUGAGGCCGGCCUCCUGUUGGACCCAGAGCACAGCGGCCUGAAGAGGCUGAAGGCGAGAAUCCGGAGGGAGGCGUCCUCUGGCUGCCGGCUCCACUGA